AAUAAUUGAAUGGGAAACCUGGUUGAGAUUAAGAUCGAAACGUAUUUAGAUAAAUUGAGUUUAGGGGUCAAAUGUGUUACGGGGCUGGAGUUUGGCUCUUUGGCUGCAUAUAUUCUAUAUGCCUUAGGGAUGAAUGCAGCUCCCAACAUCACUACAUUCCUUCGGUUGAAUUCAGAGGCUUCCACUGACUCUGAUAAAAAGUGUUGUAUGAUUAAGUUUUUACUGAAAGAUUCGGAUUUGUUUGCCAUACAAGUCGAAGAAGAGGGAGAAAUGCCAGGACGAGGACAUCGAAUUUGCAAGCCGGUGAAAUUGUCAGUGCAUGAUGCAUCUGUUUCAACUGAAACCUUUCCCACAUAAUUUAGUACUAGGAGAAUCAAU